CGGCAGAACAGAAAUCAGAAGAGCUGUCCUUCACAGGCUGGAGAAGUCCCUGGCUGGCUGUACAGCUCUACUCUUCAAGCAGGCCGUUGUGCUCUUUACAUAUUUGUUAAUGGAUGUGACUCCCUGUCUCUGGUCCAGGGAUUAACAUUAACUGCCCGCUACUGCUCUGCCACCAGGAUUCCAGACAUCAAAAUGACUGAACGCUUUGACUGCCACUAUUGCAAGGAGUCCCUUUUUGGCAAGAAGUACAUACUGAAAGAGGAGAACCCAUACUGUGUGAAAUGUUAUGAAAGCCUCUACUCCAACACUUGCGAGGAAUGCAAGAAACCAAUUGGUGCUGACUGCAAGGAUCUGUCCUACAAGGACCGACACUGGCAUGAGACCUGUUUCCACUGCUUUCAGUGCAAGAACUCAUUGGUCGACAAACCUUUUGCUGCAAAAGAGGAACAUCUACUCUGUACUGAAUGCUACUCCAAUGAGUAUUCUUCUAAAUGCAAUGAGUGCAAGAAGACUAUUAUGCCAGGUACUCGCAAAAUGGAGUACAAAGGUAACAGCUGGCAUGAGACCUGCUUUAUCUGCCAUCGUUGUCAACAGCCUAUUGGGACAAAGAGUUUCAUUCCUAAAGAUAAUCAAAACUUCUGUGUACCCUGCUAUGAAAAACAGUUUGCCAUGCAGUGUGUCCAGUGCAAGAAGGCCAUCACUACAGGAGGGGUUACUUACCGAGAGCAGCCCUGGCAUAAGGAGUGCUUUGUUUGUACUGGAUGUAAGAAGCAGUUGUCUGGACAGCGUUUUACCUCUCGGGAUGAAUUUGCAUAUUGCCUGAGCUGCUUCUGCAACCUUUAUGCCAAAAAGUGUGCUGGAUGCACCAACCCAAUCAGUGGACUUGGAGGAACCAAGUAUAUCUCUUUUGAAGAACGCCAAUGGCAUAACGAUUGCUUUAACUGUAAGAAGUGUUCUCUUUCACUAGUGGGCCGUGGCUUCCUCACAGAAAGGGAUGACAUCCUUUGCCCUGAGUGUGGAAAAGAUAUUUAAAGUUCCUAACAAGGAGAAGAGCUGUACUUGCAAAAUAUAUUUUGUGAAAUAUGCAAUGUUGCAUACUAGCUUUACUGUUCUGUGUUUCUCUGCCAUUCACAUCAUUUAUCCUUUUUUUCAAACUCUCCAAAUCCAGCAAGGGAGAAAAGGAACUGCUGAUUCGAAAAUCUCUAGGAGUGUUGGUGUUACUGAAUGUGUGUAGCUAACCAAGAUCAAGAGCUGAGAUGUAUGAAACCUUUUGGAAGUUAACUGACAUAAAAUGUUCUUUUCUUCAUUGAAUAUUUGAGUUUCAUGAUCUUAAUUUACAAGCAAGUGAAAUAGUUGAAGAAUUGCAAUGGUUUUGUGCUAUAACUUCACAGUUGAAAUCCUUGACCCACUGAAAUGAGUGGAACAACUCUGUUCUAUUUCAGCAGGGCUAAUAUUUCAUAUCAGUGUUCUAGAACUGUGCAACUGCAGUGAGCCGUCAAGUGUGUAGAAAGACUAUAAGAAUGUAGGAUGUGCAUCAAUGUACAAGGAUUUGUGCCAUACAUUAAAUAAGAGAUUAUAAAUCAUUAAAAAUGGGAGUGUUCUGUAUGUAUUACAUAUGUUAUUGCAUGACUAAAUAAGUGGAUUACAAAUUCUGAUUAACAGCAUCAGUAUUACAGUUAGUUGAAUACACACUGAACAAUGUAUUUUUCAAAAUAAAAUAAUGUCAAAAACAA